AUGAGUUUCAAGGCGAAGAAUCUCACCUACGAGAAGACUGAGCCAGCGUUCCUACGGAGACUACGCAAUCAAUAUGGCGAUGGAACCGGUGAACGCCAUGGGCGCUCCAACGUCCGCCCAGUGAAGGCAAGGGAUGUAGCGGACGAUGAGCCCACCUACGUUGAUGAAGAAAGCAAUGAAGUCAUAUCAAAGGAGGAUUACGAAGCCAUGUUGAAUGGUAAGGCUCUCGGGCCAGCAUCUGGGAAAGAAACGGGUGCCGACGAUGCCCGCGGAUCACACUCCGGCCAAGAGGGCCAAAACAGCGCAGCGGAGGCCCCAAGAAAUGCACACAGCGAGAAGGUUGCAGAAAUUGGCGGCCUUAGAAAGAAGAAGCUUGCAAGGGUGAUUGCAGAUGAAGAACAUGCAGGAAAGGCAGAUGUUCAAGGACACGACAUUAAGCCGCCAAAGAAGAAGCAAAAGAAAAAGGCAAUCAAGCUUUCUUUUGACGAAGAAACAGCAGCCUAA